AUGAGCACCAAAGACGGCGAAUGCAGUGGACGCCCAAAAGAGGCUGUCAUCGACGAAAACAUCAAAAAAGUUCACAAAAUAAUGUUGAAUGACCGUAAAGUGAAGUUGAUCGAAAUAGCAGACAUUGUGAAGAUAUCAUCUGAACGUGUACAUCAUAUCAUUCACGAAUAUUUUUACAAGAAAAAGCUACGUACAAAAUGGGUGCAGCGCGAGCUCACAAUCGAUCAAAAGCAUCAACUUGUUAAUGAUUCUGAGCAGUGUUUGAAGCUAUUCAAGCGCAAUAAACCUGAAUUUUCGCGUCGAUAUGAAACAAUGGAUGAAACAUGGCUCCAUCAUUUCACUUCGGAGUCCAAUCGACAGUCAGCUGAGUGUACUGCACACGAUGAACCGAAUCCAAAGCGAGGAAAUACACAACAGUCAGCUGCCAAGGUUAUGGCAUCAAUAUUCUGAGAUGCACAAUGUAUAAUAUUCAUUGAAUACCUCCAAAAUGGCCAGACCGUCAACAACGAUUAUUAUAUAACAUUGUUGAAUCGUAUAAAGGAUGAAAUCGUUAAAAAACGGCUCCAUUUUAAGAAGAAAAAAGUGCUGUUUUAUCAAGACAAUGCACCGUGUCACAAAUCAAUGAAAACAAUGGAAAAAUUGCAUGAAUUGGGCUUCGAAUUGCUUCCGCAUCCACCGUAUUCGCCAGAUCUGGCUCCCAGCGACUUUUUCCUAUUCUCAGACCUCAAAAGAACGCUUACUGGAAAGAAAUUUAGCACCAAUGAAGAAGUAAUCGCCGAAACUGAGGCCUAUUUUGAAGCAAAAGACAAAUCGUACUACAAAAAUGGUAUCGAAAAGUUGGAAGUUCGCUAUAAUCGCUGUAUCGCUCUCGAAGGCAAUUAUGUUGAAUAAUAAAAUCAAAUUUUGCC